CAAACACACACAAUAUUAUCCCAUUACUAAACCUUUCAACUUUUUCUUUAAUCUCAAACCUCAAAUUUAACUAAACACUUUCCCAUGGCUCCUGCUCCAUCUGAGACAAUAACUACCGAUGUAUCAUCGGAAAACAAUAAUGUUACCAUCACUGGGAAGAUAUACACACGAGUUCGUCUUGCUACGAAAUCUGAUUUGUCUCAUAUAUACAAAUUGUUUUACCAAAUCCAUGAAUACCAUAACUUCACUCAUUUAUACAAAGCUACUGAGUCCUCCUUAGCCAACUUGCUCUUUAAAGAAAACCCUCUUCCACUUUUCUACGGUCCAUCCGUACUUCUACUUGAAGUCUCUCCAACACCUUUUGACGAACCUAAAAAUACUACAGACGAAGGGUUCAAGCCUAUCCUUACAACGUUUGACCUUAAAUUCCCAGUCGUAGAAGGAGAAGUUGAGGAAUUCCGAUCCAAAUAUGAUGAUAAGAGUGAUGCUUACAUUGCAGGAUAUGCUUUCUUUUACGCGAAUUAUUCGUGUUUCAAUGACAAACCUGGAUUCUAUUUUGAAAGUCUUUACUUCAGGGAGAGUUAUAGGAAGUUGGGAAUGGGGAAAUUGUUGUUUGGAACUGUUGCAUCCAUUGCUGCCAACAAUGGAUUCGUAUCAGUAGAGGGAAUAAUCGCAGUAUGGAAUAAGAAGUCAUAUGAUUUUUACAUAAAUAUGGGAGUUGAAGUAUUUGAUGAGUUUAGGUAUGGCAAAUUGCAUGGUGAAAAUCUUCAAAAGUAUGCUCAUAACUAGGACAUAAAUAACGAAGGCAGCUGUUAGCUACUGUGUGUUUUCUUUUAAUAAAAAUAGUGAAAGUUCAAUUCAUACAUUUCUUAUUUGUAAUUUUGUAAAAGCAGAAUGCUCAUUAAAUUUGUAUUUGAAAAUUUUAAAUUGAUAAUUAUCACAUUAAACCCCUCUAUUCAAUUUA